GUGGAUAAAAAACGUGUUAAAUAUUCAUUCUGAUUUAAUAUUAAAAAAACAUUGCUGAUAUUUUUAUUUCAUUCAUUCAUUUUUUCUCUUAUAAGACGAAGGUUUUUUCUGCCGCAGAGAAGGAGAAGAAGAAAAGGAGUUGAAAAAAUAAAUAUUCAGAAAAUAAGCAUCAAAAUUUUAAGACAAAGGAAGAGUUGAAGAAAUUGAUUGAAGUGUGAGACAUAAAACUCAAAUUUAUGAGUUGCUUUAACUAAAACGUCAUUGCAAAGGGGAGGAUUUAGUGAAAAUAUUAAUGAUACAUAAAAUAAAAGUGAUGAUAAAUAGCUAGGAGGAAGCCACAAUGAAUGAAAGAGUUAUCGGAGGUCGAGGUCAUAAAAUUAGUCCGAUUACAAAAGGAACAUCAAAAAUAGCAUACAACGUUGGCUCGUGUCCCAAAAUCGAUACAAAUGAUCCCGACAAUUAUUUGAGUUUUGGAACUUUUCUUCCCUCAAACGGUAAUUUAUUUCUCAGAUUAUUAUUUAUAGCUUCGAAUACAAUUUUAAGCGUCCCAAAUCAAUAAAUUUGACUG